UUAUGUAAUAUAAUUAAUUUUAUUAUUGUUUUUGUAUGUUUCAGACGGAUUACAAAGUUAUACCGAAAAACAGCGUUACGAUGGAUGGUUCAAUAACUUAAAUCAUCAUGAUUGGGGUUCUACGAAUACCCAUCUUAGUCGAAAAACACCACCAUCAUAUUCAGAUGGCGUUUACAUGAUGGCUGGACAAAAUCGUCCAAGUCCUCGAAAAUUAUCACAACUAUUCAUGAAAGGUGAAGAUGGUUUAGCAUCCGGAGGAAAUAAAACAGCAAUGCUAGCAUUCUUUGGGCAAGUUGUCACUUCGGAAGUAGUGAUGGCAAGCGAAAGUGGUUGUCCAAUUGAAAUGCACCAUAUCGAAAUUGAUAAAUGUGAUGAAAUGUAUGAUAAAGAGUGCCGAGGGGAUCGUUCAAUACCGUUUCAUCGUGCUGGUUACGAUAGAUCAACGGGACAAAGUCCAAAUAGUCCUAGAGAACAAAUAAAUCAAAUAACAAGUUGGAUCGAUGGUAGUUUUAUUUAUUCAACAAGCGAAGUAUGGGUGAAUACAAUGCGAGCAGCUGUAAAUGGUUCCUUCCUUACAGACGCAACAGGACGUAUGCCUGUAUUAAAUACCAUGCGUGUUCCUUUAUUCAAUAAUCCCGUACCAAAUGUAAUGCAAACAUAUAGUCCAGAACGAUUAUUUUUGUUGGGUGAUCCAAGAACAAAUCAAAAUCCAGCAUUAUUAGCUUUUGGUAUAUUAUUUUUUCGAUGGCAUAAUGUUGUUGCCCAGCGUGUUCAACGUCAACAUCACGACUGGUCCGAUGAAGAAAUUUUCCAAAGGGCGAGACGGAUUGUUAUCGCAUCUUUACAGAAUAUUAUUGCCUAUGAAUAUUUGCCAGCGUUUUUAAAUGAAGAGUUACCACCGUAUGAGGGCUAUAAACAAGAUGUUCAUCCUGGUAUAAGUCAUGUAUUUCAAAGUGCAGCGUUCCGAUUUGGACAUACCAUGAUUCCACCAGGAAUAUAUCGUCGUGAUAGCGAAUGUAAUUUUACGAAAUAUAAACCGUUACGAUUAUGUUCAACUUGGUGGGAUUCAAAUGAUGUAUUAAACGAUAACACAUUAGAACUACUAUUAAUGGGUAUGGCUUCCCAAAUAGCUGAACGAGAAGAUAAUAUUUUGUGCUCAGAUGUACGCGAUAAGUUAUUUGGUCCAAUGGAAUUUACCAGACGUGAUUUAGGCGCAUUAAAUAUAAUGCGUGGUCGUGAUAAUGGUAUCCCAGAUUAUAAUACAGUUCGUACACACUUUAAAUUAUCCUCGCAUAAAGAAUGGCAGGAUAUUAAUCCGAAAUUAUUUAAAGAUAAGCCAGAUAUGUUACGAACAUUAGUAUCAGCGUAUAAUAAUAAAUUGGAUAAUGUUGAUUUAUAUAUUGGGGGAAUGUUGGAAUCGAAUAAUGGUCCUGGUGAGUUAUUUACAGCGAUUAUUAAAGAACAGUUUAUACGAUUACGUGAUGCUGAUCGAUUCUGGUUCGAAAAUGUUGAUAAUGGAAUAUUUACCGAAGAAGAAAUUGAAGAAAUUCGGCAAAUCACAUUAUGGGAUAUAAUUGUGAAUAGCACCGAUAUUGGUCCUGAUGAUAUUCAACGAAACGUAUUUAUUUGGAGUGAAGACGACCCAUGUCCUCAACCAGAACAGUUAAAUGCAUCUAAUUUGGAACCUUGUAAAUAUUUAAAAGGAUUCGAUUAUUUUUCGGGUAACGAAUUCAUCUACAUUUAUGUCUGCAUAUUUUUAUGUUUCAUCCCCAUAAUAUGUGCAGCUGCUGGCUACAGUGUCGUUAAACUACAAAAUCGACGAAGACGACGCUUAAAAAUUAAACAAGAAGAAUUAAAAAAAGGAAGUGAUGCAAAAGGUCCAGUAGAUAAAAUGUUUGUUCGAGAAUGGCUCCAUGCAAAUCAUAAACGUAAUGUUAAAGUAAAAUUUGGUCCAGAAAUUGCAUUGUACACAAUUAAUCGAAAAGGUGAAAAAAUGCGAACGAUUAACUUUAAAAACGUUGACACUGUACAUGUAGAAGAAUCGGAUGAAACUCGCCAUAAAAAGAAACCUUUAAUUUUAUUACAAGCGCCGCAAGAUUACGAUUUAGUUUUGGAGUACGAUACGAUUGCAUCACGUCGUAAAUUUUUAGCGAAAUUAGAAACAUUUUUACAUUCACACAAAAAACAUUUGAAAAUUACACGACAAUUACGUGAUGUAAUUUUGGCAAAAGCUGAAACUAGAGAACGACGUCAAAAACGGUUAGAGCACUUUUUCCGUGAAGCGUAUGCAAUUACAUUUGGUUUACGGCCUGGAGAAAGACGUCGUCGAUCUGACUCUAGUAUGGAUGGUGAAGUAGUCACCGUAAUGCGAACAGCUUUAUCUCAGAGUGAAUUUGCCAAUGCACUUGGAAUGAAAGCAGAUGCUGUAUUUGUUAAGAAAAUGUUUAACAUUGUGGAUAAAGACAAGGACAAUAAAAUUUCCUUCCAAGAAUUUUUGGAUACUGUGGUAUUAUUCUCACGAGGUAAAACUGAAGAUAAAUUACGAAUUAUAUUCGAUAUGUGCGAUAAUGAUCGAAAUGGUGUCAUUGAUAAAGUUGAAUUAGCGGAAAUGUUGAGAUCAUUGGUGGAAAUUGCGAAAACUACUAGUUUAUCGGAUGAUCAUGUUACGGAACUUAUUGAUGGAAUGUUCCAGGAUGCUGGCUUACAACACAAAAAUUAUUUGACCUACGAUGAUUUCAAAUUAAUGAUGAAAGAAUACAAAGGUGAAUUUAUUGCAAUCGGGUUAGAUUGCAAAGGUGCUAAACAAAACUUUUUGGAUACAUCAACAAACGUUGCAAGAAUGACAAGUUUCCAUAUUGAACCAGCCUAUGAUUCGGAAGAUAGCUGGUUUACCGAACGUUGGAAUUGUGUUACAACAUUUUUGGAAGAAAAUCGUCAAAAUAUAUUUUAUUUAUUUAUUUUCUAUGUGAUUACAAUCGCAUUAUUUGUUGAACGAUUUAUUCAUUAUUCAUUUAUGGCCGAACACACGGACUUACGUCAUAUUAUGGGUGUUGGUAUUGCCAUUACUCGUGGUUCAGCAGCUUCAUUAUCAUUCUGCUACAGUUUAUUAUUGCUGACAAUGUCCAGGAAUUUAUUAACAAAAUUAAAAGAAUUCUCAAUACAACAAUAUAUACCGUUGGAUGCACAUAUACAAUUUCAUAAGAUUGUUGCUUGCACAGCGUUAUUCUUUUCAAUUUUACAUUCUGUUGGGCAUAUUGUGAAUUUUUAUCAUGUUUCCACGCAACCGUUAGAACAUUUACGAUGUUUAACAAGUGAAGUGAGUUUCCCGUCCGAUUAUAAGCCUGGUAUUGCUUAUUGGCUGUUCCAAACUAUUACAGGAAUUACCGGAGUUCUCCUGUUUAUAGUAAUGUGCAUUAUUUUCGUAUUCGCACAUCCAACGAUUCGAAAAAAAGCAUACAAUUUCUUCUGGACAACUCACAGUUUAUACGUAGUUUUGUACAUUUUAUGCUUAAUACACGGAUUAGCUCGAUUAACUGGUGCUCCACGAUUCUGGAUGUUUUUCAUAAUUCCAGGAAUGAUAUAUGUUCUAGAUAAAGUUGUAAGUUUACGAACCAAAUAUAUUGCAUUAGAUGUAAUCGAAACCGAAUUAUUACCAUCGGAUGUAAUCAAAAUCAAAUUCUACCGACCACCAAAUCUAAAAUAUUUAUCUGGGCAAUGGGUGCGUUUAACUUGUACCACCUUCAAAUCAAAUGAAUAUCAUUCAUUUACGUUAACGUCAGCACCGCACGAAAACUUUUUAUCAUGCCAUAUAAAGGCACAAGGUCCAUGGACUUGGAAACUACGUAAUUAUUUUGAUCCAUGUAAUUAUAAUCCAGAGGAUCAACCGAAAAUACGUAUUGAAGGACCAUUUGGUGGUGGUAAUCAAGAUUGGUAUAAAUUUGAAGUUGCUGUUAUGGUCGGAGGUGGUAUUGGUGUAACACCAUAUGCAUCAAUUUUAAAUGAUUUGGUUUUUGGAACGUCUACGAAUCGAUAUUCUGGUGUUGCGUGUAAAAAGGUAUAUUUCUUAUGGAUUUGUCCAUCCCAUAAACACUUCGAAUGGUUUAUUGAUGUUCUAAGAGAUGUGGAGAAAAAAGAUGUAACAAAUGUUCUAGAAAUACAUAUUUUUAUUACACAAUUCUUCCAUAAAUUUGAUCUUCGAACCACAAUGUUGUAUAUAUGUGAAAAUCAUUUCCAAAGAUUAUCACGAAUGUCAAUGUUUACCGGUUUAAAAGCGGUCAAUCAUUUUGGAAGACCUGAUAUGUCAUCAUUCUUAAAAUUUGUACAAAAGAAGCAUAGUUAUGUAAGCAAAAUUGGAGUAUUUAGUUGUGGUCCACGUCCACUUACCAAAAGUGUUAUGUCAGCAUGUGAUGAAGUGAAUAAAGGCAGAAAAUUACCAUACUUUAUACAUCACUUUGAAAACUUUGGUUAAUAAAAUUAGUUAGCAAAAAAUUGAAGAUGGUGAUCUUUUAAAAAAAAUUUUA